AUGGAGGAACAGCUCUCUCGCAAGAAGAGGCAUUGUUUACAGGUGAUGAGGGCGAUAGCCCCACGAGGAGGCAAGCACGAAGAGCUCUUCGCUGGUAUCCACGCCAGUCCAGAGCUGACUGGCUAUCGCAACCACGUCCAACUUUCAUUUGGCUACACCGAGGAUGCGGAGCCCUCGAUUGGGUUUAUGAAGGGUGCAAUGGUUGAAGGUACGUGCGCCAUUGAUUCAGUCGUUGAACGAGACAUUGUGACAGUGCAUCCGGUAGCCAAGGCGUUGGCUCAGGCAGUAAUGUCUGUUUAUCACAUUUUCUCGCCGCCUGAGAAAGGGGGCCUGGUGGUGUUCGACAAGGUAAGGCAGCAGGGGUUCUGGCGAAAGCUGCAGGUGCGCCAUAACGUACGUGGCGAGGUUAUGGUGGAUAUUGAGCUGGACAUCGACAGCGCGGAGGCGUCCGUGGUGAAUGAUGUGAAGGCGCAAUUGACGGACGCGCUGUUGAGCGACGCGUUAAAGCGAAAACUAAGGACGGUGUCUGGGAAUGACACCGCAGCCGUGGUGAGUGUCCAGUAUCAUCACGGCACCGGGAUGAUCAGCUCUUCUGCAGCGGAUGUGCCGCGUCAUAUUCUUUUUGGCACAUCCACACUCACGGAGAGCCUUGCCGGUCUUCAGUUUGAGCUAAGCCCCACUUCCUUCUUUCAGGUGAACACCGCGGGAAUGGAACUGCUGCUACGCGAGACAGCGAAGGUUGCGGCGCUGAGUUCAACAACGACACUCUUGGACCUUUGUUGCGGUACAGGGACCAUAGGCCUUACACUUGCCAGGUACGUGAAGCAGGUCAUUGGUAUUGAGCUUGUUGAAUCCGCGGUACGCGAUGCGAGGCGAAAUGCUGAAAGCAACAACAUAACCAACGUGACAUUUCACGGCGGUCGUGUGGAGCAACUCCUGCCUGAUAUUAUUAAUGCCCUGCCAGCUGAGGAUAAAACCGAUAUUGUGGCAAUUUUGGAUCCUCCCCGGGCAGGCAUGACACCAACGGUGCUUAAGUGGAUUCGUGGCACCCAAACCAUCCGGCGUGUGGUGUACAUCUCAUGCGAGCAGAAGGCACUGGAGCGGGACUGUCCCCCCUUGACGAAGCCCACCACGAAAGCGUACCGUGGACUGCCCUUUGGCGUGGUGGCGGGGUUUGCAGUGGACCUCUUCCCACACACACCGCAUGUCGAGAUGGUGGCGGUAUUGGCUCGCCUUGAGGACGAGGCGGGCGAUGCUGAGUGA